UUUAACCCCAAGCUCUGUACAAGUUAGAAACUUUUAGGAAGCGCUCAUGUUAUGUCAUUUCAGGUUUAAAAGGAUUCUCAGAUAAAGUCUGAACUGAAGAUAUGUGAAAGCGUGACUUAGUGCUUCAAUCCAUUUAGAAUUUGUAACCAAAGCCUUUUGUUUUGGUGCACAAAGCAGUUAUUCAUGCAUGGUUGCUUUUGUUAACAGCUCUCUCCUCCUACUUCUUCACAGUGAGCAGGAAUCAGGACAAGCAGGAAACCCGAUCCAACGUAGCAGAGUCCCCUCCCUUUUGCUCUUCCUUCACACACCUGCAGUGCAAAACCAUUCAGCAAAACACACAGCAAAAAAACAGCAGAGUGAAAGCUUCUGGUAAAAAUGAUCUCCAGCUCAACUGAAAGGGGAUUUUGUUGCUGUUUUUGAAUUUGUGGCAAACAUAAAUACCUGCCUUGAAUUAGUUUUUGUGGCAAAAUGCGGACUCAGCUCGUUGGUGUGUGUUUGGCAAUCAUCGGAUUUCUUGGCACCAUCCUUAUCUGCGCACUGCCAAUGUGGAAGGUGACAGCCUUCAUUGGGGCAAACAUCAUCACAGCUCAGGUCUUCUGGGAAGGUUUAUGGAUGAACUGUGUAAUCCAGAGCACGGGUCAGUCGCAGUGUAAGGCCUACGACUCCGUUCUGGCUUUGCCACAGGAACUGCAGGCUUCCAGGGCUUUGAUGUGCGUCUCCAUCGCUGUCAGCGUAGUGGCCAUCGGACUCACUGUGGUCGGGGUCCGCUGCACCAACUUCUACCGUGAUGACUGGCUGACCAAAUCUAAUGUUGGCCUGGCUGGAGGUGUGGUGUUUAUAUUAGCAGGGCUCCUGUGUGUUAUUCCUGUAAGCUGGUCAGCUUACAGCAUCAUCACAGGUUUCUACAACCCUCUGGCCACCCAGGAGAGGAGGGGAGAACUCGGUGCUUCCAUAUAUGUGGGCUGGGCGUCUGGAGCUCUACUCAUCAUUGGAGGAGGGGUUUUGAGUAGCACCUACAGAUGCUGAGGAUGAGGAGAAGAGAGCGAAGAGCAGAGUAGAGUACGUGAUGACAUCUAUCAGAUACAGACUGUAGUUGAAAAUGUACAAACAUGUAUUAACUGUGAUGGACCUUCUUUGUUUCAGUCUUAGAUCAAAGCUUCUUUUCAACCUCAGUUAAAUUGCACUAUACUGACAUUUUACAACAAAUCAAAACAUUAGAAAAUGUGUAGCAUAUUGAAGUGUACAGCAAAUUGCAUGACCAGGACAUGCAGUGUUUAUGAUUGUAGAGGAGUGAAGAUUUAAAACAUGAAGGUUAAGCUAAUAGUUGUAUAUAUUACAGGAUGUUAAAUGAAAAAUGUUGAAAGGUCCAGUGUGUAAGAUUUAGCAGCUCUAUUUGCAGAAUAUAAUAUUUAUACAUAUGUUUUCAUUAGUGUAUAAU